CUUGGUCCCAUGCAUGGACUGAAUGAACUUGAAAUACACGACUGGCCGUGACACUCGAACUUUCUCUUGAGAGAGACGCUUAUUAAAAAUAAUACACCUAUUUUUUGGAGAACGGAAAUUCGCGCACCCUCAAUCGGAAGGCGCGCACCCAUCUGCUGACUAAGAAGUACUCUAUACAGACUUCUUCUUCCACGAAAGGGCCGGCUGGGGCGAAGGGGGCGAGCCCCGGAGCGCGAAGCAUAGCGGAGGGUCGUGAGUAGGGCCGGUAGGCACGACCCGAGUUCCCAGAGGACCAACCCGCCCUGUUUGUGGCCUCUAAAAUCGCGAAGAACACUUAUUUGUUGAAGUCGUGAGGACUUUGAGGUUCUGUGCUCUGAUUGGCUGAAUAGUAGGGAGGGUGCGCGCCUUCCGAUUCUGGGUGCGCGAAUUUCCGUUCUCAUUUUUUGUACCCCAUAUCCCACGACAAUGACGGACCAAUUCGCUUUCACGUACCCGUCGCCUCUCGCCGGCUACGAGAGUGAGCCCCCGCUGUCGGAAGAGACAUCCGAGGACGGCAAGAGCCUGAGGAAUCCCCAGACCGGAAUCCUCAGCAAGGCAUAUGAGGCCUUCGUCGACCCGAUAGACAAGGGCAGGAGGGGCGGGUUCGACAUCCACAUCUACUACAUGCAGUCACAGCUAGAGUACGCCCGCCAGCUAUACGACAGGAUCAGACGGGAGUUCCCCGAGCUCCGCAUCUACCGCUUCUGGGAGAAGCCGGUCGGCCCCCACCCCUACGCCAUGUUCGAGGUGAACCUCUUCACGCCCGCGCAGUUCGGCGCCUUCGUCCCCUGGCUGGUCAUCUGGAGGGGCCCGCUGUCGGCGCUGGUCCACCCGAACACGGCCCCCGAGGAGGGGGUCGGCGAGUGGGAGACGGAGCUGCGCGACCACACGCAGAGGGCGACGUGGCUGGGCGACAAGGUCCCGCUGGACCUGAGCCUGUUCUAUGCUGCGAUGAGGAAGAAGGAGGCCGAGGAGAAGAAGGGUGCGGAGAGUGCUGCGUGAGAGGGGGGGGGGUGUUUGUGUGUCGGGGUCUCGGGCUGGAAAUUCCACCCUUCUACGGCGUCGUUCUGCGCUGACCAGCUUGAAGCUGCCCGGUGCGAUUCUGGGUCGGGUUUUAAUCAUCGCCGACACGGAUGUAAUAGUAAUCGAUUCGAAUGAUAGAAAGUGGCCGUUCUGGUGGUUCCUUGAUGUGGCUUGUGGCCUGAUCUUACCAGUGCUCUGCGAGCUGGUCGCCUUGGUUGUUCCGGGAUGAAGAGAACAAAUUGCAGAGAGACUUGGCCCUCUAAUACUUGUGAGAGCCGCGGAGAAUUGAAUUCCAAUCGUGAAUCAGGCUGGAAUACUAUGUUAUUGAAUCUAUGAGCUCUAACCAACCCUGCUUUUGCAGUUGAAAUCUCACAGAUUAGUCUCUAUACUGCCCCUGUGGAAUGUAUUGCCAAUUGGAAA